AUGGCAAUCAAUGGUAUAACAAGUAGCACAGGUCAUAUUUCAAUUGUCAUAGAAGAUGAUAGCACAGAUACUACAGAUGUUGAAGCAUUGCAAGACAGGAUGAUGAACAACCUAGGCGGAGAUUCACCCUUCUCUGACAUAUGUUGCAUCUUCAGAGUUCCCCAAGUUCUCCGGAGACAUAACCCGAAGGCAUAUACACCUGAUGUCGUCUCAAUCGGACCCUUUCAUCAUGGCGGUACACCAUUUCAGCGCAUGGAAAAAGUGAAGCAAUGGUACUUACGAAACCUUCUCUCACGCAUGAAUAUAAGUUUGAGACUCUUGAUUGAAGAGAUUAUUAGGGUUGAGAAACAAGCCCGUGAUUUUUAUUCUGAACCACUUGAUCAUCUUAAUCAGAGCAGCUUCGUAGAAAUGAUGGUACUAGAUUGUUGCUUCCUGCUAGAACUAUUUAGGAAGUUUAGGGAUAAGGAAGAUAGGCACAUCAGUGACCCCAUAUUUAACAUGGAUUGCAUGUUUCAAUAUAUAUGCCAUGACCUUUUGCUACUAGAAAAUCAGAUUCCUUGGUUUCUCCUAAACUGUUUAUAUACCCUUACCUUGGACCCCAAGGAUGAUCCCUCCCUCAGAAAACUGAUGCUCACUGUCUUCAGCUCACAUCACCAACUGGCACAUAAUUGUCUUUCAUAUCUGCGCCAUCUAAAUCAUAAUGUUCAUGAUGAAGAUGACGAUGAUGGUAAAAUCUUGCACAUACUUGAUUUGAUAAGAACUUCAAUAGUCUUCCCAUUUAAAGAUCAAUUUGAUCUAUCAUUCUACGACUCGGAAACAGAAUUGAUGCAUCAUGCGCUUGCACUCUCAGAGGCCGGUGUUAGCUUCCGAAGGGCAUCCUCCACUAGAAGCAUAAUGAACAUUGAGUUCAAGGAUGGGACUCUGGCAAUUCCACAACUAGCAAUUGGAGAGUUGACGGAUUCUUUGUUCAGAAACCUGAUUGCUUUUGAGCAAUGCUAUCCUGGUCAUUCACACAAGAUAACAUCUUAUGCCGUUUUAAUGGACAACCUCAUCGGUUCCAGUAAAGACAUGGAGUUUCUUUGUGAGAGAAAAAUCAUAGAUAACUGGCUCAGCGCUGAGGAUGCUUCAAAGUUCUUCGUCAAGCUUUACUAUGACACUGUGCUCGAUAAGUUCUACUACGGUGGACUCUGCUCUAAACUCAAUAAACACUAUGAUCACAAAUGGAAAAUGUGGCGAGAAAAGUUCAAGCGCACCUACUGUUCUGAUCCAUGGAAAUUUAUAUCUUUGACUGCAGCCUUUAUACUUCUGCUUCUCACUCUGUUGCAGACCAUAUAUACUAUAGUGCAGGCUUGUACUAGUCAAAUUCACCAUCAUUAUUUGUGUGUCCACUAA